AUGGGUUUAUACAACGCCCUCGGCCGCCUCGACCUACCCGCCUUCCGCCGCGCCUUCGCCGCGGCCGACCACCGACCCCCCGGCUGCUCCCUCCUCGGAUGGUUCUCUGGACGCCGCCGCUCCCCCGUCCGGCCCUCCAUGCGCGAGUUCGCCGUCUCCCUCUCCCUCUACAAAUCCCCAAUACUAACCCUAGACGAACGCCCCGGCUCUCCCCAUCCCGAUCUCCCUCCGAAGCCCUGCAUCUUCCUCCUCCUUUCCUCCUCGUCAUCUCCGAACCAUGCGGUCCACACCCACGAGUACCGGGCCUUCGUGUUCCGAUCGACGGCCGGCGGCAGCGGCGUCCUCGAGCCGAGAUCGCUGGACGUCAUCAAUGUAGGCCCUGCCUUCCGGGGGCAGUAUAGUUCCUUCUCGCCGGAGUCGGCGUUCCCGUGGAUGCCGUGCUGGUCGAAGGGCGUCGAGGAAGGGGAGAGGGAGAGGGGAAGCAAGAAAGGGGAGAGCCUCCGGGAGGCGGAGAGGGAGCUGCGGCUUUUGGAGUCCUCUGCGGAGGGAUUCGGGCUGGCGAGAUUGGAGCUGCUGGUGGGGCCAGGGGCGGCAGAGUACACCUCCGAGUUGGAGGACUUGUAUACGAAGAUGCUGCUCAAGGUGGAGGGCUUGGCGAGGCUCGUGGAGAAGAGCUCAGCUAGGGUUCUCGAGCAGUGCAUUAAUGUUCCAAAUGAAGGCUGGUUGCUUUGACAAAAUGCUAGAGAGCGGAUAGAAGCACCAUGGAUGAGCUGAGGAGGAGACCAGGAAAUGCUGUUAUGAUUUUGUUGCCUUGAAUCGUCUAGGGAAAAUUACGUUCUAUUAUAAGAGUUAGCUCAACUUGUGUUUAUGAAGGAUGGCGAAGAGCAACAAUGCCGAGGACACCAAUCCUGGGUAGGUUUGGACUUAAAAAGAGAAACAUCUUGUUGGGGUCUAUGUAUAUGGUGAAGAAAUACGUUUCUCUGAAAAUUAAGAAAUAUUACCAUUCGUGAUGUUGCAUGA